GCGCGGCACGGCAGCCAUGCAAUACGCCUCUGCAAAGGCACCCUUCGACCGAGGCCGGCAUCGUGGUGUGACAGGGCGCCACGAAGUCGGCCGACCUCCCCCAGCCUUCUUUUGUCAACUCGUACAAGGAAUCCCGCAGACGUGGCGAGGUUGUCGUGGCGGGCGUCCAAAAGCCCAUCGAGUUGGGAGACGAUCUGGGGCAAGUGUGUUGGUUCAAGACCGAAGGGGGCUGGGUCGCUCCCUUUCGUGUGCGUGCGAGAGUGUGUGUGUGUGUUUGUGCGCGCCGUCUGCCUUUUUGUUUCUCCUUCGAAUGAUGGCGCCAAGGGCGGACGAGCCAGGGUCACCGAAGGGCCGACCGAUACGGGUUUUUGCUCCGCAGACCUGCGUCUCCCUGCCGGAGCGCCGGGUGCGAAGAGCCCUUCCUGGAGUUGCCCGAGAAGCCCGAAGGCAGGGGGGGGCAAGACUCCUCCGGGGGACAAUGUAUCGACUUAUUGGGUUACAUUUUCCUUGCUUCCCAACCUGGCUCUCGCAAACGACGAAGGAUUUCCAAUAAUUUUCACUCGCACUUUUUGCAAAGAGAAGGCCCGCGGUCGUCAAGCUAAUCCAAUGGCGGUUCGGUAG